AUGUCCUCCUACGAUGGAUCGCGGUCCGCCCGCCAAUCGAAGCGGUACUCCAUGUCCGCGCUGUACAUGUCCAUGUCAGCGAACGAGACCGAUCUAGAGAUUGAGGAUGACUUGGCCAAAGCGCAAAAGAUCCUCCGCGAACUCAAGUCCAAGAUCUCGUCCCAGUCAAAGAAGAACUUCGUCCUCGAGAAGGAUGUGCGUUAUCUCGAUUCUCGUAUCGCUCUCCUUAUCCAAAACAGAAUGGCAUUGGAGGAACAGAACGAAGUCGCGAGCCAUUUGGAAGAUGCCACGGAAAUGCAAGAAGGCGACUUUCCGAAUGACGAUAAGACGCAAAAGUACGGCAACUUGAUGUUUCUGCUGCAAUCCGAACCCAGGCAUAUCGCGCACCUGUGUCGAUUGGUGUCCAUGUCGGAAAUCGAUUCUCUUCUGCAAACCGUCAUGUUCACCAUUUACGGAAACCAGUACGAGAGCCGUGAAGAGCACUUGCUCUUGACCAUGUUCCAGUCUGUCCUCACCUACCAAUUCGACAACACCCCCGAAUACUCGUCUCUUCUCCGCGCCAACACCCCCGUAUCGCGAAUGAUGACCACAUACACAAGGAGAGGACCCGGUCAAAGUUUCCUCAAGACAGUGCUGGCCGAUAGAAUCAACAGCUUGAUUGAGUUGAAGGACCUCGACCUGGAAAUCAACCCCCUCAAGGUCUACGAGCGAAUGAUCGAGCAGAUCGAGGAGGACACCGGCAGUCUUCCACCUUCGCUACCCAAGGGUGUCACCGCUGAGCAGGCCGCCGAAAACCCCCAGGUCCAGGCCAUCAUCGAGCCCCGUUUGACGAUGCUCACCGAGAUUGCUAACGGCUUUCUGUCAACCAUCAUCGACGGUCUCGAGGAGGCGCCCUACGGUAUUCGGUGGAUUUGCAAGCAGAUUCGCAGUCUGACGAAGCGCAAGUACCCCGACGCCAACGACCAGGUUAUUUGCACGCUGAUUGGCGGUUUCUUCUUCCUUCGCUUCAUCAACCCGGCUAUCGUUACGCCCAAGUCGUACAUGCUCAUUGAUGGCCAGCCCGCUGAGCGCCCGAGGAGAACACUGACCUUGAUUGCGAAGAUGUUGCAGAAUCUGGCGAACAAGCCCUCUUACGCCAAGGAGCCGUACAUGGCCAAGUUGUCCCCCUUCGUUCACCAGAAUAAGGACCGCGUCAACAAGUUCAUGCUUGACCUUUGCGAGGUUCAGGACUUCUACGAGAGCCUGGAAAUGGACCGUUAUGUUGCCCUUUCAAAGAAGGACCUGGAGUUGUCGAUCACUCUUAACGAAAUCUACGCCAUGCACGCCCUGAUCGAGAAGCACCACGGAGAGCUCUGCAAGGACGAUAACUCGCAUCUUGCCAUCAUUAUGUCCGAGCUGGCUGCGGCGCCUCCGCAGUUGCCCCGCAAGGAAAACCGCGCCAUUAACUUGCCCCUGUUCAGCAGAUGGGAGACAGCAAUCGAUGAUUUGACUGCAGCGCUCGACAUCACGCAAGAGGAAGUGUACUUUAUGGAAGCCAAGUCCGUCUUUGUGCAAAUCAUGCGAUCGAUUCCUUCCAAUAGCAGCGUCGCUCGACGACCUUUGCGACUGGAGAGAAUCGCGGACGCGGCGGCUACGAGCCGCAACGACGCGGUCAUGGUUCGCAAGGGCAUCAGGGCAAUGGAGCUUCUUUCUCAGUUGCAGGAGUUGAGGGUCAUCGAUAAGAGCGAUCAAUUCGGCCUGUUACGUGAUGAAGUCGAGCAGGAGCUUCAACAUCUUGGUUCUCUCAAGGACGGUGUCAUCCAGGAGACGCAAAAGCUGGAAGAGGUCUACAAGACCAUUCGCGAUCACAACACCUACCUCAUUGGUCAGCUGGAGACGUACAAGAGCUACCUUCACAACGUCCGUUCCCAGAGCGAAGGCACGAGGCGAAAGCAACAGAAGCAGCAGGUUCUCGGCCCAUACAAAUUCACCCACCAGCAGCUCGAGAAGGAGGGCGUCAUUCAGAAGAGCAAUGUUCCGGACAACAGGAGGGCGAACAUUUACUUCAACUUCACGAGUCCCCUGCCGGGAACUUUCGUCAUUUCUCUACACUACAAGGGACGCAACCGUGGUCUCCUCGAGUUGGAUCUUAAGUUGGAUGACUUGCUCGAGAUGCAGAAAGACGGCCAGGACGAUCUCGACCUCGAAUACGUCCAGUUCAACGUCACCAAGGUUCUCACCCUGCUGAACAAGCGGUUUGCGAGAAAGAAGGGGUGGUAA